GCUCACACACUGACGAGCGGCGGAGGGAAGGAGGGAGCGAACAACAGGGUGACGGAGGGAAAGAAGGAGGAGAGUCUGGUGUUAGAAUGAGUCGGCAACACAACAGCGCAGCGAUGGAACGCGCGCACGGAUAGAGACGCGCAGACAGACAGAUGGUCUGCAGACAGACAGACAGACAGACAGACAGUGUGUGGAUGUCAGCUCUGAGUGAAGCAGGAGGAAGAAGAAGAAGAGGAAGAGGAGGAGAAACAUGAGUCGGCAGCAGCAGCAGACCCAGGGAGUGGUUUUAACGGGUUACCACAGCAACGCGGAACUGUUGCCGAAAACUGGACUGUGCGCUCCCGGUUGUCCGCCAGCCCUGGACCCCGAGUCCUGCACCGGGCCCAGCCGCAGAACAGGCCACUACAGCGUGCAGCAGAACCAGAACACGCAACACGGAGACAGACAGACAGCCACCAAUGUUGCCAAAAGCAGCAGCAGCAGCAGCAGCAGCAGCAGCAGCAGCAGCACCGACCCGCCGCCGCUCCCCAAUCCGAGCUCUGCGCCCUGCUCCAGGGCCCAGCCCUCGUCCAGCCCGAAGCCUCACUCCAGCCCCAGGCACAGUCCCAACUCCAGGUCCAGGCCGCGACCCGCGUGCCAGCGCUGUAACUCUCAGGAAUCUCUGGAUGAGCUGGAGAUGGACGACUAUUGGAAGGAGGUGGAGAAUAUCACUCGCUCGGUGGGGGAAGCAGGGCGGGGAGAAGGUGGAGGAGAGGGGGAAGUUCAAGAGGAGGAGCAGCACAAAAUUCCUGAGGAGGGAGAGCAAGAGGAGGCCUGGCUUGCAGAGGCGGGGCUAACACGACUGUUUGAUGAUACACUGGCAGCUGACCAGGAUCAGGAAGAAGACAGCGCGGUGUUCCUGUCCACACUGACCAGAACUCAGGCGGCGGCCGUAGAACGCCGCGUGACAACAGUACAGCAGACGUUGCUCCGGCGACGCAACCGACAACACGUUCCCGAUGUCAGGGAUAUAUUCAGACCGCCUGAAAAGUCUGGCAGUGGUCAACACCUGGAUGAGGAGCCAAGUAAGUUUGAAAAAGGAAGUGAGAAUGGACAAAAAGAAGUCACUUCAGCUGAAACGGAGACAGAACUGAACCUUGAAGUGGCGUUUUCAGAGCAAGCGCUCAGUUACAGGGACAACCAUCAGAGAUUAAAGGUCACCACCGGCCCCAACUCACCUGACGACAAACUACCAAAUUUUAAGCUGCUCCGAGAUAAAACAGGUCAAACAAGAAUAGGAGAUCUGUCUCCUCUGGAUAUGAAAAAGGUUCGUAGACUGGUGCUUGUGGAGAUGACUGCUCUGUUUGACACUGCUGGGAUAGACCUCAAGGCUCACAAAGCUGUCAAAGUUAAGAGUAAAGAAAGUGGUCUGUUCGGUGUUCCCCUCGCCACUUUACUGGAUCAGGACCAGAGGCGCGCUCCUGGGACCAAAGUGCCAAUCAUAAUGCAGAGGCUUAUCUCUCACAUCGAGGAAGAAGGAUUAAACACAGAAGGGCUUCUACGGAUCCCUGGAGCGGCCACUAGAAUCAAGUCACUGUGCCAGGAGCUUGAGUCCUCCUUCUACGAUGGGAUGUUUCCAUGGCAACAGUUGAAACAGCAUGAUGCCGCGAGCCUUCUGAAGCUGUUCAUCAGGGAGCUGCCCCAUCCAUUACUGACCGUGGAGUACCUCAGCGCAUUUAUUGCUGUCAACAAGCUCCCCACAAAGAAGCAACAGCUGCAGGCUUUGAACCUGCUGGUGCUUUUGUUACCUGAGCACAAUCGGGAUACUUUGAAGGCAUUGGUGGAGUUCUUCCAGCGUGUGAUUGACCACCAGGCCAAGAAUAAAAUGACGCUCAACAAUGUCUCCGUUGUCAUGGCACCCAACAUCUUCAUGUUCAAAGGCUUUCGCUCCAAGGUCACGGAACAACAGGAGUUCUCCAUGGCAACCAGCACAGCCAACAUUGUCCGCCUGCUGAUUAGAUACCAGAAUCUUCUUUGGACGAUCCCCAAGUUCAUUGUGACCCAGGUCCGACAGCACAACAUGGAAAGUCAGCGAAAACAAAAUAAAGAGAGAGCUGUAAGAAAGCUGCUAAAGAAGAUCACCACAGAGAAACCGUCUGAUAAAGCUGUGCCUGAGGAAAGCUCACAGGGAUUUAUUCGAGUCCAAGCUCCCCAGUUCAGUAAAGUCUCAAUGGCAGUUCAUCUCACCGAAGAGCUGCAGGCUGCUGAUGUACUAACACGCUUCCUCAGCCAGGAUAGUCCGGUGGCAGUGAAACAAGAAGAGCUGUAUCUAUACGAGAUUGGUGGAAACAUCAAGGAGAGGUGUCUGGAUGGGGAGACCUACAUGAAAGACCUGUUCCAUCUGAACCCCUCAGCAGAGUGGGUCAUCAAAGCUGUGCAGCGAUGAACCUGUUGCUACUAUCAAACCCCGCUGGGUGCUGGAUUUCUCCAUGUGAGAUGUUUCCUGGUUCUCUGACCACUCAUACGUUUUUUAACAUGGGCGCUGUAACAUGGCUUUACACAUUUCUUUGGCCCUGGUAUCGACCGCAAAAUGCAAACAUUUAGCAUUGGCAACUUCAGAACUUAACUAAACCCAAUUUGUUAAAAUGCGUGGUAAUAUGUUUAUUUCCAGUUCUUUGGAUAACCAGAAUCCACAGAUGAAAAUAGAGGAAAAUUUGUGCAUGCAAAAACAAACUACGUUCACUCCAUGAUGCUUACUGGAAUGUUGCACCCCAGGUACCACUAACCUGAAGUACAACACAGUUGUGCGGUUGAAAGAAAACCUUCUUUAUGAGAAUACAGACCACUGUUGAACACUGGUGGAAAUUAGUUGUUUCUUCUAAUUUGUCUCAGCACUUAAGUCACAAUAUAGUGAUUCUUAUUAUGUUAUAUUCUACUAAGUAUUUCAUUUGUGAACUGUGAUUUAUUACCUAUAAUCAUGGUGUGUGGUGCCUGCUUUAAUAAGCUGGAUUAAUUUAGUUCGUGGCAAUCAUAAAAAUUCUAUCAAAUCUAUUGUUGACCAUCUUUGACAGUAUUGGCUUUUAUCUAUAUUUUUUUGGUAAAGGCCCUAAAAAGUAAACAAAUGGUCAUAAAUAGUGAAGCACUUCACUGUUAACAGAAUGAACAGAAUGUACCUUUAUGAUCGUAGCAUGAACCAGCACAAACUGGUCAAAAGCCUCCACUUACGGGUUUUUCGUGAUAAAUCUCUGUCACCAUCAGGUAACCAAGACACGCAAUGACGACAUCAUUGUUUUUAUGGCACAUUAAUAUUGCUGAACUGUUUGAACUGGGUGUUUGAGUGUGUUAAUGUAUAAAUCCCCUCCUCACAACAGCGGUUUUCAAAUGUGAAUAAACACAUUUUUUAGCCUGUCUGCAAGCUCACAUGGAAUAGAUCAAGUCAAUUGCCUUACACCUUUUGUACCAAAUAUGCAACCAUGCUAAAGAUAUGAUGGACUCUUACGUGAUCAUUUUAAAUAAAUCAAUUUCUCACUGUAUAAAUGGCCUUAUGAAAUUAUACUUUUAACAUAUUGGGUCCAAUACCUUAAUACCUUUGGCAUUUGAUCAGACUUUUGGCUGUGUAAUAAUAAUAAUAAUAUACACACAGUAAGUUGGCAGAGGGUGAAUUAAGCCAGGUAUAGAAAAACUGGCUGUACAAGUCUAAUCUGAUUCUGCCUGUGGAGGAUCAUAUCUGCACAAAGUCGAACUGCACAGAUGUUUCCCUUGUGAAAAGCUGUGGAGUGAUAACAGCAAACCAUGUGUCAUUUUUUUUUACCCAGUCUAUCACUCCCUGCCUUGCAUCAUCUUGUUAACUGUGAAUUUCUUUUUUUUCUUCAAUUAUUACUGCCUUGAAAAUGACCACUGAAACAGCCUGUAAAUAAACAUGUGCUUAUGAAUUA